AUGGCUGUUAAAACAAUCACCGAUGAAGCUCACUUCCAAACCGAACUAGCCGUAGCAGAAGGAAAAUUGGUCGUUGUGGAUAAGAACCAGUGCGAAUGUUUGAACGAAUCGAACGACCACCCGAUGGUGAAUGCGCUCAGUUCCAGCGGUGGUCAUCUGGUGUCCGAUUGUGACGAACAGUUGAUCAUUUCGAUUACCUUUAAUCAGCUGGUUAAAAUCAGUGCCAUCAAGUUCAAAGCACCGCCCUCUCACGGACCGAAAAAAGUUUCGGUGCAGGAUCUGGUACUAGGGCAGAAGGAUCUUGUGUCGGGAUCGCCGAUUCCGUUGCACUCCGUUAAAUUUCUGAACGUGCAGAAUAUGCAGCUGUUCGUGAAGGAUAACCGUUCUGGUGACGAGACGACCAUUAUCGAUCAUUUGGCCUUCAUCGGGUCACCGAUUGCAACGACUAAGAUGGAUGACUUCCAGCGAGUGGCUGGGAAGAAGGGUGAAAGCCACCAGAUUGUUUGA